UCCAUUAGUUCCCGGCCAUACAAACCUUCAAUUUCUGAAAAAUACUCUUGAAUCAGUUUAGCGAGGUUAUACUACUUACUAGGAACCUCAAUUGGUAUGAUGAAAGAUUAUGCUAAUUAUGAUCUUCAUACUCCUUCCCAGCAGGCUAGUUAAGAAAGCUCCUCGCCUACCUAAUUUUUCUUCCUCUGCAACCACCAUUGAAGCAGCAAAGGAAUCUCCCAUCAAUUUAAGCCGCUACAUUACCUACCUCCAAUCCUGUGCCAUCAACAAGAACCUCACUAAAGGAAAAGAAAUCCAUUCAUGUUUGGUUGUCACCGGUUUGCUAUGUUCCCCCUUCUCCAUCACUAGCUUGAUCAACAUGUAUUCCAAAUGCAAUCAACUGGAUGAUGCCCUUUCCAUCUUUAAUGGAGCCCAUGAUCGAAAUAUCUUUGCUUGGAAUGCCAUCAUUGCUGGGUUCAUCACUAAUGGUCUUUCUCGAAGUGCAUUUGAAUUUUACCAGAGAAUGAAGCUGGAAGGUGUAGCCCCUGACAAGUACACGCUCCCUUGUCUCAUCAAGGCUUGUUCUGACAUCUCGGAGGUUGUGGAAGUAAAGAAGAUCCAUUCUGGGUUAUUCAAGAUUGGUCUGGAAAGUAAUGAUUUUGUUUCUAGUGCCCUGAUCAACUUCUAUUUAAAAUUUAACUUCGUUCAAGAAGCACAACAACUGUUCGAAGAAUUGACUGAAAGAGAUGUUGUGUUGUGGAAUGCAAUGAUAAUUGGGUAUGCUCAGAUGGGGGAGGUUAACUUGGCUUUGCGAGUUUUUGAGAGAAUGGGGAAAGAAGGGGUUGUCCACAGUAACUUCACACUCACUGGGAUCUUAUCAGUCUUUGCCAUGAUUGGUGAUGUUAACAAUGGGAGAGCUGUUCAUGGAUAUGCAGUGAAAAUUGGCUGUGAAUCAGAGGUUGUAGUGGCUAACUCAUUGAUUGACAUGUAUGGAAAAUGCAAGAGUAUUUCAGAAGCACUUAGAGUUUUUGAGAUGAUGCUAGAGAGGGAUGUUUUUUCAUGGAACUCAAUCAUUUCGGUUCAUGAGCAGUAUGGUGAUCAUGAUAAGACACUCAGGCUUUUUGAGAGGAUGCAAAAAGCUGGGGUUCGGUCAGAUACUGUCACAAUUGCUGCUGUCCUUCCUGCGUGCUCCAAUUUGGCUGCAUUGAUGCGUGGUCGGGAGAUUCAUGGGUACAUGAUUGUUAAUGGGUUGAUGAAAGAUGACUAUGGUGAGGACAUUGUUGACGUGUACGUUGACAAUGCAGUCCUAGACAUGUAUGUGAAAUGUGGGAGCCUAAGGGAUGCUUGCAUGUUCUUUGACAAGAUGAGGAAGAGGGAUGUCGCGUCAUGGAACAUCAUGAUCAUGGGUUAUGGCCUGCAUGGGUUUGGUGAUGAAGCCGUAAAUGUGUUCCUGCAUAUGGGUGAGUCCAGUGUAAGGCCAGAUGAAGUCUCCUUCAUUUGUGUCCUAUCUGCAUGCAGUCACGCAGGCCUAGUAGACCAAGGAUGCAAAAUCCUUGCUCACAUGGAGGAGGAUCAUGGCGUAGUUCCCACUGUUGAGCACUAUGCCUGUGUGGUUGACAUGUUGGGUCGAGCCGGGCGGCUUGAUGAAGCUUACGAGUUGGCCCUGGGGAUGCCAAUUGAACCCAACCCAGUAGUCUGGAGGGCAUUCCUAGCUUCAUGUCGGCUCCACGGCAACACAAAACUGGCUGAGUUCGCGUUGCAGCGGUUGUUAGAGCUGGAGCCAGAACACUGUGGGAGCUAUGUGUUGAUGUCCAACAUCUAUGGAACCAUAGGCCGGUAUGAGGAGGUAUCAGACAUCAGGCACACAAUGAUAGAAAGAAAUGUUAAGAAGACACCAGGAUGCAGCUGGGUUGAGCUGAAGAGUGGUGUGCAUGUGUUUGUUACAGUAGAUCGAACCCAUGCUGAAUGUGAUUGUAUUUAUGAGGAAUUGGAUGGAUUGUAUGGGCAUCUACAUGAGUAUGGAUAUGUACCAGAUGCUAGGCAUAUGUAAACAUAACUGUAAACUGUUUUCAUUCUUCAAAGGCCAAGGAAAGAAAGAGCCUUUCCCUUUUGAUAAAAGCUAUGCUUUGAGUUAAAACCAUGAAGCACUACACCACCAAUCUAAUGCAGAUGCAGUGUCUUCUUGCCCCGCAUGGAAUUCAAUCUUAGAGGGUUUGGAAAGUAUACUAUAGCAGGUUUAUUUUUUUUUGUUGUUGGAUCAGAUUUGCAAAAUUCAUCUGCAUCUUGUUAAUUGGAAUACAGUCUGCUCAUUUACUGCUCAUGGUGGCUUGAUUUUACUCUGAUUAGAUCUGCUGAACUAGGCUUU